AUGCUGCACAGUGUCAUUGCCGCCACCAGGCAGGAUUCAGCACACGAGUAUACCGUAUAUGUCCUGCGAACGCCGCCAUGUCAGGCGUUCCCACCAAGCGCCACUCAGCUCACGGCCACCGUCAAGAAGUAUGGGAUCACGAGGCAAUGGGCCGAGGCUCUGACAUUGCUCCAGGAAGCGUUGGGGUCACGCGUGCGGGCGGACACCAUCCUGUACAAUUCCGCCAUCAAUGUUUGUGGGAAGGGUGGCAAGUGGCAGCAGGCUGUCGUGUUACUCCGCGAGUUGACGGACGUACAGUUAGAACCGACCAUCGUGAGCUACAACGCUGGGGUCAGCGCGUGCGAGAAAGGUGGGCAGUGGCAGUUGGCGAUUUCGCUGCUGAGCGAGGUGCCAGCUGUGAAGCUGGAGCUGGAUGUGAUCAGCUGCAGUGCUGGAAUCAGCGCGUGCGAAAAAUGUGGUAAGUGGCAGCAGGCGGUCUGGUUGUUGAGCGAGCUGUGCGAGUCGACGUUGGAGCCCGAUGUGGUCUUCAACGCCGGGAUCAGCGCUUGCGAGAAAGUUGGGCAGUGGCAGCGAGCAUUAGCGCUGUUGAGGGAUUUAUGCGAGGUAGCGUUGGAGCCGGACUCGCACAGCUAUGCCGCUGGGAUUAGUGCGUGUGAGAAAGGGAAGCAGUGGCAGCAGGCGCUGGCUUUGCUGCGCGAGUCGUGGGACACGCUGCAGGAACCGAACCUUGUCGGCUGCAAUGCUGGAAUAAGCGCGUGCGUGAAGGGUGGGCAGUGGCAGUGGGCGCUGCUGCUGUUGCACGGCCUGCCAGCACUGGGGCUGGAGCCUGGCCUCGUCAGCUAUGGCACCGGGAUCAGCGCGUGCGCGGGGGGUGGCCGAUGGUGGCAGGCACUGCUGAUAUUGAGCAGGUUAUGGGAGAGGGAAAUGGCGCCUGAUUCUACUACAGUGCCUGCAUCAGCGCAUGCGAGAAGGGUGGGCAGUGGCAGUGGGCACUAUCGCUACUGA